AUGGCCGUCGCCUCUUUCACGUGGCCGUUCCGCCGCCGGAGCAGAAGCGGAGACGGCCCAAGCAAACCCGCCGCCCCCUCCGCCGCCGAGGAGGAGGAGGAGCUCGGCGUGACGCCGCAGCUCCUCGACUUCCUCCGGACGCUUUCCCCCGACGCCUUCAAGUCGUCCGCCCUCCAGCUCCCCGCGGAGGCGGCGGGCGGCGAGCUCUCGUACUGGCAGCAGCGGCACGACGUCCUCGUGCUCGCCAGAGCCAAGGAACUCGCCACGAUCCGGUAUGACCUGUGGCCCCGCCACAUGAAGGAUGAGCAGUUCUGGACAUUAUACUUCCUGCUCUCCAGGAGCUACAUCUUACCGUACGAGCUACGUCCCAUACAAAAAGAAAAGGUAAGAAGGAUGGAGACAGAAAACAGUAAGCCCACAAAUGCGAUUACUGUUGAGGUGGAGAUGCAAGAAUCGAAGUGCAGUAGAGAAUCUGAAACGUUAACAGAUGAUUCAGAAAAUCAUGAUGCUUAG